AUGGCUGGCGGGCUGUUUUGCGAUACUCCUAUUCAAAAGCGAGGAGUAGGGGGACUGCGUCUUACCGGACUGGCGUUCUAUGUUGGCGCCUGGUCGUCGUAUCGCCCUCAUACAGACUACGAACCCCCGCGGGGGGGGGCACUUGUGGAAAGUGAGGAAGAAGAGGGAUGUGAUGCAAAACGAACAGAAAAGGUUGCUAGUGCCGGAAGGAAACAUGAUUUGCUUCCCGACCCUGGCGGAUAUGGUCAAUCAGCGGUAAAAGGAGUAACCGCUGAAUAG